AUGACAGAUUAUGACCAGCAAACACGAAUUGUCAUCCCUGCUGAGCCAGAUGUUUUGGCUCCUGGGGCUGAUAUUUUAGCUGCAUGGGCACCCAAUAGAGGAAUUGCAUGUAUAAGAGACGACUAUUUGCUUACUGAUUUUGCAAUCGCCUCUGGUAGUUCCAUGGCUUCUCCCCAUGUAGUUGGUGUAACAGCGCUUUUAAAUAAGGUCCACAAGGAUUGGAGCCCAGCUACCAUCCGAUCAGCCAUAAUGACUACUACUUAUGUGAUUGAUAACGCCAAUGGCCCCAUCAUUGACGCAACCACUAAUUGCUGGACUCCUCUUGAUUUUGGGGCAGGAUAUAUCAACCCUGAAAAGGCCAUGGAUCCUGGUCUUGUUUAUGACAUAGAGGUGCAAGAUUAUAUCAACUACUUGUGUGGAAUGAACUACACAAACAAACAGAUUAAGGUCAUCACCAAAAGGUCAAAAUUUAGCUGUGAUCAGGCCAGUCUUGAUCUUAAUUACCCAUGUUUUAUUGUUCUCCUCAACAAAACUAACACUAAGAGUUACACCUUUAAUAGGGUGUUAACAAAUGUAGUAGAUAGUCCAUCUAUUUAUCGUGCGGUGGUGAAGGCUCCAUCAGGGAUGAAAGUAGUUGUGCAGCCUCCGGAGGUGUCCUUUGCUAAAAAGUACAGCAAAGCCGAGUUCAAAAUAAUGGUAGAGGUCACUAUUAGAGAUUCUAGUAGCCAGAGUGAUUUCAUAGUAAAUUAUGGGUAUUUAAGUUGGAAUGAUGUUAAUGGCACUCAUAUGGUGAGAAGUCCUAUUGUUGCUGCCCAUGCACCUUAUCUACAACAUUACACUGAGGUACUACAAGAAACUAGCAACCAAUUCUCUGAUCGAGUUUCGUCGGCCUGCUGGCAGGCCUUUCAGACAGCAACAGGAGAACUCCAAUCACUACUGCUGCUUCUUAAUCUGUCUCAUCCAGUUGGUUUAUUUAGCUUGGAAAAUGUUCCUCGCGGCAAUAUUUUUUAG